GAUUGUGCGCUUAAAUGCAGAGGGGAUAUUCUGAUGAGCUUUAGUCUGACGUGGCUUGCAGUUUGAAGAAGUCGUGUUGAGUGUCUCGCAUGGCGGUGAGGCUGUUUCCCCAGCACUUCCUCUGUGUGUGAGGCACGGGGUCGGCGAGCUCAGCUGGAUUGGUCCUUCACAUCUCCGCUUGAUGCUCUCAGCCUCACGCGGCUAACGGCUAGCUGCCCAACAAAUGCUACAUCGCUGCUAGACGGAGCGGACACUUCACCAUUUGGACGGGCGGACCUGCGGGAUAAGUGACUGUCCCCCCUGAGGUUCCCUCUCUGAUGGAGCUCUGGUUGUCAGUCUUUGUGAAGAGGCGCCAUGUAUCCUUGCCAUGUAACCCCCUGGCCGUCUGCUGAGCCGCCGGCCUCCUGCGGCAGUCAUGCCCCCCCGACGCAGCCCUCGCAGCCCCUGCCUGACCUGCUGUGCAGCUGCCCCGCGCCGCCCUUGAACACACACUCCGAGUCGCCCUCGCCGGACCCCAUGGAGUCCCUCAUCGUGGUCACGGAGUACGAACCCAGCCGGCCACACGGAGCGGACGGAGAGGAGGAGGAGGUGGAGGACAUGGACAGCUCUGAGACGCCUGAACCUGCCUCCUCUGCGGCGCCGCCGUUCCGGACUCCGUCCUGUGACCUGCUGUCCCACACUGUUGGCCGACCGGAGGCCCUGCUACCUGACGGCCAGGAGCAGCGGGGACGCCUGAGCCUGUCAGACAGGAAACUGUCGCUGCAGGAGCGCUCGCAAACCUCCACAUCGCCCUGCAGCUCCCCGGGACUCAACGGGCGCUACAUUUACCCCUCACUGCCAUACUCCCCCAUCACCUCACCCCACUCGUCUCCCCGCCUGCCCCGCAGGCCCACCGUGGAGUCCCACCGUGUUUCCAUCACUGACCUCCAGGACUGUGUGCAGCUCAACCAGUACAAGCUGAAGGAUGAGAUUGGAAAGGGCUCCUAUGGUGUUGUCAAGCUGGCUUACAAUGAAGAUGACAACACAUACUAUGCCAUGAAGGUGUUGUCCAAGAAGAAGCUGAUGAGGCAGGCAGGUUUCCCACGGAGACCUCCUCCACGUGGCGCCAAAGCAGCACCCGAGGGUCCUCCUCAACCCAAAGGGCCCCUGGAGCGAGUCUAUCAAGAGAUUGCCAUCCUGAAAAAGCUGGACCAUCCUAACGUAGUGAAACUAGUGGAGGUUUUGGACGACCCCAGUGAGGACCACCUGUACAUGGUGUUUGAGCUGGUCAAGCAGGGGGCUGUGAUGGAGGUGCCAACAGAUAAACCGUUCAGUGAGGACCAGGCUCGAUUUUACUUCCAGGACCUGCUCAGGGGAAUUGAGUUCUUGCAUUACCAGAAGAUCAUCCACAGAGACAUCAAGCCCUCCAACCUGCUGGUGGGCGAAGACGGACACAUCAAGAUCGCCGACUUUGGUGUCAGCAACCAGUUUGAGGGGGCUGACGCCCUCCUGACCAGCACGGUGGGAACGCCCGCCUUCCUUGCCCCUGAGACGCUCUCCGAGACCAGGAAGAACUUCUCUGGCAAGGCUCUGGAUGUCUGGGCCAUGGGAGUGACACUCUACUGCUUCGUCUUUGGAGCGUGUCCGUUUAUGGACGAGCGCAUCCUCAGUCUCCACCAGAAAAUCAAGACGCAGCCGGUGGAGCUGCCUGAACGUGCCGACAUAUCUGAGGAUCUCAAAGAUUUGUUGUUAAAGAUGCUGGACAAGAACCCAGAGAGCAGAAUAUCAGUCCCACAAAUUAAGGUUCACCCGUGGGUGACGCGGCACGGCGCAGAGCCUCUCCCCCCGGAGGACGACAACUGUUGCAUGCUGAUUGAAGUGACUGAGGAGGAGGUGGAGAACUCGGUGAAACACAUCCCCAGCCUCGCCACCGUGAUCCUGGUGAGAACCAUGCUGAGGAAGCGCUCGUUUGGAAAUCCCUUCGACUGGGGCCGGAGAGAGGACCGCGGCAGUCUGUCUGCACCGGGGCAAACGCUCACCAAAGGCAGAGCGGGCAAUGUGAGAUACUGCUACAUUCAUAGUAAGCAAAGAAGGAAACAGGAGAGCGGCGACGGCAUGAGGAGCAUGGAGCUGCCCUACGUGGGGGAGGACGAGGCUCUUUCCUGAUGCACAUCGCAGCUUCUGACGGCAAAACACAGCCGACACCCCUUUACUCACACUUUUAUACGGUGACACCCCCCCCACACACAUACACACACACUCACAUACACACACACACACACACACACACACCACCACCACCUUGGAGGCGGACAAGACUGACAUGAACGACGAGAGGAAGAAAAUGGAAAUGAACAGCGAAGGCAUUCCAGCGUCACUUUCUAAAGCUUUUAUUCCAUCGCUUCCUCGCGCGUUUUGCUCGUUUCAGGACUCGCUUUUGAGGUUUUAGGACUUGGGACUGGAAGAGAGGCGCCUUCCAAGGGGGAGGAGAUGCCCCCCGACCCCCACGCACCCCUGCACCCCCCAAAAUCUGUCCUCACCCCUCCCUUACCCACCGCCCGCCCUUAUCCUGCAUGCGUCUGUAGUCCCAGCAUGCUCCGUCUCAGGCUUCACAUGUACAGUUUUCGUCUUUUACCGAAGCUCAAGCCACUUGUUACUCUCUCUCUCCCUUUCUCUGUCUCUCCUCCUCCUCUUCUUUUACUUGAUAAUGCUGCCAUGUUUACGGCAGGGGUUUAACGGGCGACAGAUGGCGGUGGUUUGUUGUCGAGGGCCAGUUUCCUCCUCAGCAGAGCCGGUUUUCUUCACGGUGGUUUUUCUGCUGUCGCCCGUUUGAAGAGGGAAGAUUAAGAAAAUGUACAGUUUACUCGAGUUUUUUUUUUUUUUUUUUUUUUAAAAAGGGAGUUGAAAAUGUUUACUUCAUAGGAUGCAUGUGUUCACUUUCCCCAAUGCAAACACUGUAUAAGCUAUAUUGUAAUCAUUAGCAAGUUAAUCAUUUUUUGAAGCAGCUCUUGUUUUUUGUAGUGGUGCCGCUGGCUCGUGGUAAACUCUCCAAAAUCACUGACGACAAUAGAAAGCUUUAAAAAAAAAAGAGGAAACAGUCGAGAGAGCUGUGCUGUGUGAGCAGUCAGAAACACAGCUCCUCACUGCAGCGUAUUAACGUAGAAGAGGAUUAUUAGGAUUUUUUUUUUUUUUUUUUGCUUUUCUUUUGCAAGAUUUGCAUUAGGCAGCGAACAGCGAUGUGAUUUUAAAACUUGAUGCAUCUGCAGCCAUUCUCGCAGCGAAACCACGUCUCUACCAAAUGACCGUGAGGAAAAGAAACCCUUCAGCGGAAAUAUUCCAGCUGCGAAUCGUCUGAAGCGUUGGGACAGACGCGGUGGACGAGGUGAGAUGAACCAAGUGUUUUUAGAAGACUCUCUUGUAUUUGUUUCACUUGUCAAAGUGAAUGUUUGUUUGUACACUGAAAACAGAAAAUGGUGACUAUUGAAUUGUGAAUGUUUGCAUUUGUUUGUUUUUGUAUUUCAAAAAAAAAAAAAAAAGGUUAUUUUUAAACGGCACAUUUUCAGAACACCAAAAACUUAAAUCGAUUCUGUAUCGUUUUGUAACUGACUACUAGCUUAUAAAAAAAAAGAAAAACAUACACACACACACACACAUAAGACCUUUAAACUCUCUGUUCUCUAAUUGAGUGUCUUUGUUGAACUGUUUGCUCCGUGCAGAUGGAGGCAGAGUGCAGCUGCAGACCUUUUGUAUAAAUCUAUGCAUGUCAUAACGUUCAAAUUAAAACAGCUGACGUCAAAAAACAAAAAACAAACAAAAAAAAACUUUGGUGAAGAAGCAGAACCAGUUAGAACAGCAAGUACUUUUCAUUUUUUCUAAUUGAUUAAUGUGUUUUCAUUUUUAGGUGAACCCAAAGCACUUGUUGCCAUUCUUUUAUUUUAUUUUUUUUUUUUAAAACCCUUUAAUUUUUCAAAGAUGUUAAUGUAAGGAUAGCUCAAGUUUACCGGAGAAGUUUUAUAGUUAACUUUAGGAUAAACGACUCAACAUUAAUUAAUUAUAAUAAGCAAUGCUUCCACACACUAAUUAUUUCAGCACUUAAGUGUUGAAUGUACAACAAAGGGAUUUUUUUUCUAACUUAAUGCAUGUCACUCUGAAUUGUAUGUCGUGUGUUUUUUAAGACUAGUACUAUGCAUAAGAAACGUCUCUCUCUCUUUUCUCCCUGUUUCUCUCUCUCUCUCUUUCUCUCUCUCUCUCUCUCUCUCUCUGUAUGGUGCAAUAGUACGCCCCGUCAGAUUUUCACGUACAGUGUGUGCACUUGGUGGCAAAAUGAGGACAAAAUGAGAAUAAUUUUAAUUUAUUUCUACUCGGCCAACCUUUUUCUGGGAAAAAAAAAAAAAAAAUCGGAGCACAUGUUUACAUGACGUGAGUGAAUUGGUGAGUUUUCCAUCUUGUGCAUCUUCCUCCUCGGGAUCCUUGAAAACUAUUACCUGGUACAUUUGAAGGGAAUUUAGUUGGAAAAUCCAGUCAUCACUGCCCAGUGCUCAUAACUCGAAAACAAAACAAAAAAAACAAAACACCGCAGAACUGUUGUGAUGUGUGAAAACGGUGGGAAAGGCUACCUCAAGUUUACCACAGAUUCAUGAAGGCAAACGUCUCUGGUUGUUGUGCACUAUCGCUCGCAGGGAACAAGGUUCACGGUUUUCUUUUUUGCUCUGAGGGAAAACGGGACUCGGCGGCUCGAGGCACCGGGGCGACGAUGCAAGCCACAGAAAGCUGUAUGAUAGCUGUAUUUUAUAAUAUUUAAACUUUUAGCUUGUUUCUAUACAGAACUGUGUGUGUGUGUGUUCUCCUCAGCGGGGCCGGGCCGAGGGACGAUAUUAUUUAGCGCUCACAUGACUUUGCAUUCUGUAGAGUUAGUGUCAUUGGUUUUAGUGAAGAGCCUCGGGGCCCCAGAUGCAUGCCAACAUACUGAACACCUUAUUACCACUGUAUCGUCACAGCAUGAGAGGUCCCCAACUAAACUACACUAAUCAAAAACAGGACCUCGUUAAUUAUUCUGUACAUACUGUAUCUGCUUCAUUAUUUGAAUAAAAUAUGAUUGCCUUUCUGUA